CAGGCAACCACAAAGGAAGUAUAAAGCCACUUCCCUUCUAUCACAAAUUUUAAUUCAGAAACAGUGAGGCAGCUAUUCCAUGUUAUUUCUGUUUCUUAUUGGGCCAUGUUUCCAUCAAUGUAAGAGGCUAAGUUUUCCUUAUAUCUUAAGGGCUUUAUCAAAAUCAAUGAAAAGAUAAUUUUAAUGGUGCCCUUCAUGUCUGUUCACAACAGAUCACUACACACGUAGCAUUUAAAAGACCAAGGCCAAGACCCUGCAAAGCAAAUGAGAACCUAAGCAUUUCUGUUUGUUCAAGAGCAAAACACAAUUGUAUUAGUGUGCACGGUUAGAUAUUAUAUAUAUUUGAAAAAAUGCAUUUCAACUCUGUACUCUUUAUUAUUUUUAAUGCUAUUAUUCACAUCUCCUACUACAUUAACAAGAAAAUAAUAAGAACUCAAGCAGCUGAAAAGAACCUGCUUUUCAGUUCCUUCCAUCUUUUGCCUGAAAAUAAGAGCAUUGGCCUUACGGCUCAAAAUUAGUAUGUUACAAGGUUUAAAUUUUAUGUCUGAUUCUGUUUUUUAAGCACUAUUUCACAUCAACUUUAACAAAAAUCACAAACCCCUGUGUCUAACCUUACUAUUCAAAUGCAAAAGUUAGUCAAGGUACCGAUUCAAGAGACCACUGGCCCUGAUUCUGUUUUGGGUGGUUGCGUGACAGAUGUGUUGCUGUUCCCCUGCAGGCAUGUGAGACACUGCGUAAGAACAACCUGCACGAGCAGCCUUGUGCUAAAACAGAAUUUUUCCUGGUUCAUGCUUGUACAGACUCAGUCUGGUUAGUGAAUUUCGGUACUGUCAGUCAUAGGUUCCCUCUUUGCUUCCCAGUGCUUUUAUACAGUGCAAGUUAUCCUACCUGUUUUGAAGACCAGUGACAGCUGCAAAAUGUAAUUCAAGUCUCCUUAGGAGCUACGGGCCUUACUUACAAAAUGCUCGAGCCAAAAGCCAGGUCCUUUGGCAGUUUGCUGGACCCAGCUUCAGGGUGCUCUGCACCACGAGGACAGAAUCAUCAAGUGAACUGUGUCAGCACAGACUCAGCUUUGGAGGAGGCCACGCUGAGCCUGAAUGAGCAGAAGCAGCUUUUCUAUUUUUGUGUGGGCCUGAGAAAAAAAAUCUUUGUCCAUUCAUCUCCCUGCCAAACAUUGCCUACAAGGAAUGAAAGUCACAGUGGCCCUGCAGGAGAACCAGUGGUCAGGUCAGUAAAUAACUGGCUUUCAGAUGACUGACUGAGUUUUCCGUAACUCAUUACUAAACACGUCAUGCAGAUGAAGAAAGGUGAAAAGGCUGUUAAAAACCAGAACUAUUUAGCUACAAACAUAUUUGCUGUGGCUUUUAAAAAGUGCAUACUUAUCAAUGAAAGAAAAAAAUUAUUUAAACAAGUUAUUGCAGUGCAACAGAUGACACUUCCCACUGUGGGUUUGCUCAGAACGUUACUGAGGCAUGCUGUUCAAUUCAAGGCUCAGCAAAUAUAGCCCAUUAUACAGUCCUUUGCAUAUUUACAGUAGUGUGCAAAACAUUAUUAAUAGCUUACACCACUGUCUUUCCUUCAUCAGCAGGAGGUAGGUCUGGCUAGCAAAGUAUAAUUGGCAAUCUAUUUUAUAUAUUAAUAAAAUACUCUUUGGAAUGCAUUGCUAUAACAUUCACUUCUUGUUUGCUAUUCAUUAAAUGUAUUGUUUGAAAUGCUACCACCAGCUAUUCAUUCUUUUUCGGAGCACCGAUGCCAUGACAACCCCCACGUGACCGGCUACAAACAUACCACAAGUCUCCAGGGCUUUGGUUUAGGAAAGGCUCAGACUGGUAUUACUCAUACAUUUUUUUUUUUUUAAGCCCAGAUUCAGAGAUGCUUUUUUUUUGUACAAGAUGCAUCGAUCCUACCAGCCAGUUUUACCAUGUGGCAACAAAUAUCUUCAGCUAAAAUGGGACAAAGAAAAGUAUGAAGGACACAAGAAAAGGAUCCAGGCAGCAAAACCAUCAGUGGACACAAGCUCUCCUGCAAUAUACAGCCAUCUUCAUCUGAAGUUAGGGAAGCUGAAGUUGGAGGAAGACCGACAUUCCGCCAUCGAAAGAGAGAACCGUGUGCUGCUGGAGAAGAUUUCCCGCAUCGUGAGAACAAAGGGACAAAUCGACAACAAAAAUGACUAUAAAGCCAAAAGUUUAAACGCAGAAAAACGAAAGCAGGAGCAGCGGAGAGUGAGCCAUGAGAACCGUGUCAUUCUGGAUAGAAUUACAAAGGCGCAGCCUCACUAUCAGGUUCAGCGAUGGCACGAGGAUUGGCAACGAGCUGAAAAAUACAUGGCCAGCAUUGCAAGAUAUCCUCGUGGGCAGUGUAAAUCACACAGCCUGAAGGAAGAGCAAUUUAAAGAGAAAACACCUAAACAAGACAGAAAAAGAAACAAGCAACUGAAAGAAGGAAGUGUGAAGAGCAAGAUGAAGGAAAGAGAACAUGCCCACCAUGAAAGGAGAAUAGUUUUCCAGUGGGUUAAUGAGUUGGAUCCAUUCACCGAAGAUGAAUUUGAGAAUGAAGCUCCUCUCAUGCAAUGAAGAAGUAAAGCCACAUAUUCCUUUGGAGAAAACUAUUUACCUGGAUUUCCAGACUCUCAAGUUUAAGCAAGAAUAAUGAGUUGAAACCAUGCUGCCUGCGGUUUAAAAAAACAUAAUAAUAAUUCAGGCUUUAAAAAAAUAUUGCACUUGUCUUAUUGCAUUAAAAGUUGCGAAACUGAAAUCUGAAGUGUGAAUAUUUUUAUUUGUUUUGUAGUUACAGAACAUGCACAGUUCAUGUUUUCAAGUCUUCCUUUGCUCUUACAAAGUUAAGAAACCUUCUUUUGAAGGGUUUUCACCUGAUGUCCCAGCAGGAACUUAAAAUAUAUACAUAUAUAUAUAUAGGUAUAUACCACAAAAAUUGUAAUAAAACUUUAACAGUGAGGAUCUUUGUUCCUUCCCAACACUCAUGUUUGACUCUCCUUGCUAACCUCACCGAAGUCAGUUUAAUUGUUCUAUGUUUUAAAAGUGUUUCUAAAAAUAAAUGGUAAGGUUUAUUUAGAAGGGAUGUAGUAGGUGUUUAAACACUUGUAUGUGUUUAAAAAUUAAAUCAGCACAAAAGAAGUGCAAAAAAAAAAGCAGCUGCAGCAUGCAGCAGCAACUAGAGGUUACCAGGACAGAGCACAGCAUGGUGGUUUGUUUAAAUCUGUGGUUUAUGCUGCUGAUUUGUCCCUUCAGUAUUAAAAUGUUUUCAUGCCUCCAUACACCCUGCUGUGAAGGACGGAAAUGCUGCCUCCACCACAGAUAUGAGGAAUUCUGGCAUAAAGGCUACUGUCACAUUAGUCAGAGGGUCACGUUUGCACUGAACUCCAAACUCACCAUUUACAUUUCAGGACAAGCCAACUAGAUCACCAAGUGAAGUAGCUCAGGUAUAAGAAGAAUCUGAACUCUUACAUAUAAUAGAAAUUAAUCUGGCCCCAGGCACUUCUGCAAAUUAAAGCACAUGUACCUACGUCUGUACACAGAUAACCACAGAGUUCAAGAUCCAGGUUCAUGAGUCAGUGAGAGGUUGUUGCUCAAAAUAUCAUGUGUGGAUGUCACUUUCUUGCCAACAUGAGGUCCAGUUAUUCUUCUGCUUUUCUACAGAUGAAAACCCAGAAUCUGAACAAACAUAUGAACCACAAUGUGUGGAAGCGCCAGUUUGUUGGGCUACAGGAAGACACUGCCUAAUUUGUCAUCCUGAAGUACUGUUACAACUCUCCUGUUUACCAGCUAACUUCUGCUGGGACAGUAUCUGUAAAACCAUACGUGGGGUAAAAUAAGGGACAUCAGGAGAAAGAAGAUCCCAGGGGUGGGAAAGAAGGACCCUACAGGAAGGAAAAUGGAGGUAUGGUUGUUGCUGUGCUGCUAUGUCAGAGGGGCAGGUAAUCAAAAAUCUCCUUGCCUGCUGUUGUUCCAGCCCUCGUGCAUUGUUUCUGGCAGGAGCAGCCAAAGAAAAGUUAAAUGAGGAAGGAAAGCUGGAGUGGAACAUCCUGGUCACCUCCACAUCCGGAACCAUCCUCUGUUUCCUUAUUAGCCAAAUAUAACCCAGAUUUAUUUCUCUGUGGUAUUUUCUUUUGGAUCAGCAGAUUCUUUAUUUUUUAAUUAAAGCAAAUCUUGCCAAAGCUGUAGGAAAACAUACAAGCUCAAGAACAAGGGUAAUGAUUACUUGCCAUUAUACGUGUGUGUAGAAGUGAUAUAUUGCUACCUCCUAGCAAUUCACCUAUCUGAAAAACAGAACAAAACCAAGGUAAUAUUAUCAAAACCAUAGAGGAGUAAUAAUUUUCUUAUCAAUAUGUAUAAUGCUGAAAUAAUGCUGAAAUCUUUCUUCAGUCUACAGAAGAUUGACAUUUACAUACAUUGUUAAAGGAAAUGAAGAAAAACCUCCUUUGGUAAAAACAGAGAUGCAUCUUGUGAAGUGAAUCACAGCUGCCUUUCUGCAGUGUUUUCUUGUAACAUUUUUUGAGAUCUUCAAGAGUCUGAUAAAAGGAAUCCAGAAACAGACAAGAAAGAUUUUUUUUCUUUUUCUUGCCUACUUCUUUGAUGCCCAGGACUGACAGAAAAUUAAUUUUACAUUCUGCAUCAACCAGCAAAUUUUGAGUCUCAUUUCUAUUCUAAAACUCGUAGUUUUCUUCAUGAAUUAAAUAUGGCACCCAGUAACACAGUCACUACAGUAAAGCUGGAAUUUUAGUUCCAAUAAUACAUUGAUUAAACUCUACCUUCAAGAGUUUCAGUUUCAGUAUGACAAAGGUUGCUUUGAUUGUCUCCCAUCUGCAUUAUCUAUGUAUUAGGGUUUAAGUACAGCACCGUGAUUUGGGAGGCACGUGGAAUCAUGCCUGUCAUAUAUAAUCUAGACACAUACACACAAAUUAAAGCCCAUUGAGCUGGAUUCCCUGGUGCCUCCCUGGAGCUCAGCUGGCGUAGCUGCACUGAAAAUUGGUCCCAUUAUCAGGAGACAGACAAUCACUUCUCGCCUCUGCCUUCCCCACCCCCUCCUGUUGUCCUUCAUGAGGCCUCUUGCUGCAUCGUUCGUGUGCUGCCAGCUCUUUGUUGCGGCCACCGCGGCCUUUGAAUUGCUCCUGCCACUUUGCUAACGCUGCCAGGAACAGAAGCAUUUGCUGAACAGUGUAUUAUUGAUAAUUGGUUUAAUCUGGUCACCCCAUCUCUGCCAGGUUUCCACAUAACAGAGGCAUGCAAAGCAAACCUGGACGAGCUCUUUUAACAGGCUGUAUAGGGCAAGCUUCAUUUCACUUCUAGAUGCUGUAGCUUGAAGCUUACCACAAAUUAGAAUACAUGUUAACAGGUUACAGUGUGAGGAAGUACACUCUUAACCAAGCGUAGCUUGCAUCUUCCUGAGGACAACGUGACAGAUUUUGGGCCAGCUGCUGGGUACCCAGCCAAAAGGGGUGCAGCUGUAGGUUGGACACACAUAAACACCUGCGAAAACCCAAUAUGAAAGACAAGCAAAGAGGGUAUAAACCAUCAGGAAAUACUGGUUACCCACUAGCCAGAGUUCCUGCUGCUUUUCUAGUUCAUGCCUUUUGCAGCAGUUUGAUCUCCGUUUUGCUAAGCGUUUUGUGUGGUCUUGAAAACAAGCUUCUGCAUGAAGUACAAAUAACUUCAUCUUUGCUGCUGUUUUAACCUGAUUUAGUUAGCUUCAAUUAACUGAUUUCAGUUGGAGCUUAUAUUUAAGCAUUUUGCAGUACUGAUACCUCCUCUAUCAGACUUCUAGAACACAGUAGCAGCCAUGACCUAAAGCAUUUCAACAUCCCAGCUACACCCUAGGCCAGACAAAACGUAGCUGAUUAAACAUGAAAAGGUAGACAGGUUGGCAGGGAGACAAGAAGGAUACAGACCACCUGACUGUUUCAAAUUCAUUAUGGGUGCAGAUAUACAUGGAGGCAUCUCUCAGUCCAUUGGAUUAGGUUAGAACCUCAGCUGAAGUGAGCCUUACCUCAACUGUGAAAAAUCAAAGCAAUAUUUGCAAACCCUUGAUGGCAUCAGCUAAAAAAAGUAUAAAGCACAGAUCACAUUGUAAUACCAAUCAUGAAAACCUGUGAAAGUUUGCAAAUCUUCAGACUUCAGUAAAAAUAUAUAUAUAUAUAUCCACUUUUGCUGGAAAACAUCAGACAAACAAAAUUCCAGCAAAUGGGUGCAAGUGCUUAGAGCCAGUCAGGACUUGAAUUAAGAUUGAUUUCAAGUACGUUAGAGAUCCAAUCUGAAUGUUUUACACAAUUCAUUUCAGGUUUUGAUUUUGUGAGCUGAAGGCAAGAGCUCAUUUCCUCUGUGCUCAGUACAACUAAUAACAACUGUAAAAUGGUGCUGGCUGCCUGACAGGGAAUAAUACUUUUAUCCUCUGACCUUUCUGAGAAAAGGACCAAGGCUGGCAUAGCUGCACACUUGCACAUUUUUUCCAUCACAUUAAUAUAUUAUCCUCAUGCAACUAAUUGAUACACUGUAAACACAAUUUUAUUUUGAUGUUUAUAAUUUCUCAGAAUCAGGAAUUUCUUCUGCUACUGAGUUUGUAAAUAUAUACACUUUAAAAAAAAAUCUUGCUCGUAAUUGGGUCUCCUUAUA